UUGUAAACAAAGGCAAAUUCACGGAAUAAGGCUUAACUUUUUUUUGAAAUUAAGGAAUAAUGGAGAUUGUGUGCUUUCCAGGACAAAGAAUUUGUGCUGCAAAUGAUAACAUUAUUGCUGGAUCAGGAACCUACGAACGGUUAGGCUAUAUCUUCUCUUCGCUAGCUGGCACCAUUGAAACUACCACACAGGAAAAGAACAACAUAAUAAGUGUAAAGUCAUUGGGCAACAAAACUGUUCUUCCCGUUGUCGGAGAUGUUGUGACUGCACGAGUAGAAAUUGUUAACCAGAGAUUCGCAAAAUGUCAAAUUUUAUGCAUUGGAGAUGUUCUACUUAAUAGACCUUUAAGAGGAAUCUUGAGAAAAGAGGAUGUUCGAGCAACUGACAUAGAUAGAGUUGAAAUGUACAAGAACUUUCGACCAAAUGACAUUAUUUUAGCAAAAGUUAUUCCACAAAUUGAGCUACACACGUUUAGUUUAAGUACGGCUGAGAAUGAGUUGGGAGUUGUAUUGGCAACGGCAAGAGGAUUAGCUGCAACAUGUAAUCGUGCAUCAAACACACCAAUGGUUCCUAUAAGCUGGCUAGAAAUGCAAUGUCCACUCACUGGAAUUAAGGAACCGAGAAAAGUAGCCAAAAUCAUGUCGGAAAACUCAUUGGUUAAAAUUGAAUAAAACAAGUCUUAUUUUCU